UUCAACCUAGGUGUUUUGGUGGAAAAGGAAAUCGUGGUACACACAACCGACAACAUAGAUGGAGAUACCACAAUCUUUUGCCAUCCGUCUGUCGUAUCCAUCAUUCAAUCCAAGUCCAAUCUCAGGAGGGAACCAGGAACAUCUGGACUGUUGGAAACCACCUUAUCUCCCUCACCUCACAAAAUGUCUGGCCCCGACAUAAGUGAGAAUCAUCAGGAGACUCUUGUCGACUUCCUCCGCAGCCACUCUCCUCUUCCUCACAAUAUUACGCCGGCCCCCGACAACUUGACCAAUACUCCAGUCGAUAAGAAAUGGAGUAUACUCAAAGUCUUCCGUAAAAGGCGGAAGCGCCGAGAGCGACAAUCAACGCCCACCAAACUUCCAGAACAUACCGUGUCUACCAGAACUAACAGUGGCAAUAAUUACAUCGCCAUAUCCAUCCCACCAGAACUGGCAGACACAGAACAUCCUGAUCCGCCUCCACCUCCUCAACUCCCCCCCUUUGUCUCGGAGACAGUAGAAGAUGAAAGUCAGGACCCAGAGUUAUUAGGAGCAUAUGGCAUGACGUCUCACGAAGGCAUGAAGAAUCUAAAGUCCGUCACCGAAGAAGCAGACACCGAAUCUUUAUCCACCUCCUCCCUCGCACCAAGACCAUUAACUCACGUAGAAGAGGCGACAUGGCUAGAACCUCCUCCACGAGCAUCGACCCUACGUCCUACGACUCUGUCCCAGGAAGAAAGCCUGCCCACAAAAGGAAAAGAACCGGACCUACGAAGCGAUAUAGGCACCGGCUCCCCUAAAUACCGCCUGAGUCCCUUAGGAUCUAUUCGGUCGUCUGAAGCUGCGGAACGGAAACCUAGGUCUCUGACCCGCGGCCACCAGACACAGCAAGGUAAAGGUGAAGACGAGCAUCUAAAAGCCACGGAUUCGCCAGUAGCAACCGACCCAUCCCCCCUUAACGUGGCAGAAACCUCGCCCCCAAAACGAGCGGCGGAGCAAGCCCAACCCAAUCAACUAACUCCCGUUCAAACCGAGCAACCCACCAGCGACAGUCUCGUCGCGGCAAAGGACGACGAUGACUUGCCCUCCAAAAAACUUAAAAAGUCCAGGAAAGACACUGGCCCCCCUCGCGUGCUCGUAGUAAGCCCACCAGCAGCCCCUAUCACGCCACCCAUUCGCACAUCCAGCAAACGGGCCAAGACGAGCGUAUCAGAGCGCGCCGAAAGACAACACAGGAACGCCACCGCCGGUGGCGGGGAGCGACCAGCCUCGCCCAGCAGAGGCGGCAUCUGUAGUAACGACGUCAUUGAGCGCCGGGGUCUGACGAGCGGUCCGCGGGGCUCCUUUGCUGAGAGCCUGGUGACGACAGCGUCCUCACCGCGAGUGUUGAAGGCGCAGACGGCGACGGCGUACCAGUCCGUGCCUAUUGUGGUGCGCCCCCCUUCGCGGCUGGAUCUCGAGUCACCUUUGAACCUCAAUUUUCCCAACCCACCCGCGGCGGCGGACACCACAGGCCGUUCGGCCGAAGCGGAUCUCCUGUCGCUUGCCCCUCCUCCACCUCCCCAUCCAGCGAGCGAGACGACGCUGAACCGAAGGGACCGGGUGCGCGAGCGCAAGCAACGAGAUAUAGAGAAGCUACGAGACCAGCUGCAGCAGCUCCGGUCCGCAUCCUCACACCCCCGUCGAUCAAAGGACACGACAGACCGGAGACUUCGGCUCGAAUCCUCCUCCGCCAUCCUCCUCGACCGCUACCUCAAUGCCUCUCCCCACUCACGACGGUAUCUGGCGGGGAAGCUGUCGGACCUCGGGCCCUUGAGAUCCCUGAUCGAGUUGAAGCCGCCGUACCUAGCACCCGAAGACAACGCAUCGUUGGGGAAGAAAAGUCAGCGAAGAAGUGUUAGCGCGCCUAUAUUGACUAGUUCCUCGUCGGCAUCGCCGGUGGAAUCCCCGAUGAUGCCUUCUCGCGAGGGGGGCACGUCGGCGAAUUACCGCCGCAACAAAGAACGGCAAGGACAAGAAGAAGACAUCACGGCAGCGUCGAGACGAGUCCAAACUCUGGCGGCAGAGGAGCGGGAGGCGCAGGAGCGAUACGCGCGACAGAAGCUCCUGCGGCGGUACGAGAAGCUGAAGGAGAGCCGGACGCGGGAUAUGGAGAGUCGGUUGCACAGGCUGGAGCGCAACGGUGAGGUGCUGACGCGGUCGUUGGUGACGCUGAUAGAAACUCUCAACCAGCUCAUGAACGAGCAGCGCACAUUACAGCAGCAGCAGCAACAGUCCUCCAUGUACUAUUACUACCACCCCCCUUCCGUCAUCUCCAACCAUCCACCCCGCGGCCACCGUCGGCGGGGCUCCGUCUCCCGACGUUCGCAGUCUCUGAGAUCUCGACACAGUGAUAACAUAGCGUUGCGCUCAGAGGAAUUAGCCCCGGAGGAGCAGCGGUCGCAUAGACAUCGCCCGGCGAGUGUUCGACCAUCAGGAGGAGGAGGGGAAGAAGAAGGGGAAGGAGAGACAAGACGUCGACGAUCGUAUUAUCUUGAAGAAGAAGACCGUACUCAUGGAGAGGAGCUCCAGGAACAGUUGGAUUCGCGGACCCGCCAUGUCGCUCACACGGGGCAUUCAUACACUAGCAGUAGCGAACACAGCAACGACGAGGAGGAGAAGGCGGGUGACCUCGGGGCCAUGGAGCCCAUCAUGCAUGAACUGCAGGGCGCGGCGUGGCUCGAUACCGAUCGCCGGCAGAUGGAAGAAGGAGAGGAAAAGGAAGAGAACGAGGUCUUUAAGCUGUUUUAA